AAGUCAUGCCCUGGAGACACUUUUGUUUCCUCUUCCCAGAAAGGAGCAAGACAGGACUUUUCAGGGAUGCCAGAGGGUCAAGGCACUGUCCCCAACUCAUUGGACCUCAGCGCUGGCCACAUCUGUAAAACUUUGGACUUCUCCCAGAGUGGAGCAGACCCCAGUGGGUCAUCAGGGACAGGGGGGAGUCCAAAGAUCCAGGGGACCCCCCCGGCCCACAACGCCAGUUCCUCAGGGAUGACUGCAGGGAGGGUCAACCCUUAUAGUAUAGUAUCCUCAGAAGAAGACGGCUUGCAUCUAGCCACGAUGCCAGGAGCCAAUGGCUUUGGCAAUGGUAAAAUCCACACACGCCGGAAGUGUCGCAACCGCUUUGUCAAAAAGAAUGGUCAGUGCAACAUUGAGUUUGCCAACAUGGACGACAAGUCUCAAAGGUACCUGGCUGACAUGUUCACGACAUGCGUUGAUAUCCGGUGGAGAUACAUGCUGUUGAUUUUCUCUCUUGCCUUCCUGGUUUCCUGGUUGCUCUUUGGAGUGAUUUUCUGGGUUAUCGCUAUUGUGCAUGGGGACCUGGAGAGAUCCUCGGACGAGAGGAACUACAAGCCAUGCAUUCUCCAGGUGCAUGGCUUCAUGGCCGCUUUCUUGUUCUCCAUUGAGACGCAGACAACCAUCGGCUAUGGCCUCCGUUGUGUGACUGAGGAGUGCCCCAUCGCCGUGUUCAUGGUGGUGGUACAGUCCAUCGUUGGCUGUAUUAUAGACUCCUUCAUGAUUGGGGCCAUCAUGGCCAAGAUGGCCAGGCCCAAGAAACGGGCCCAGACCUUGCUCUUCAGCCAUAAUGCCGUGGUGGCCAUGAGAGACGGGAAGCUUUGCCUUAUGUGGCGGGUGGGGAACCUGAGGAAGAGUCACAUCGUAGAGGCUCACGUCAGGGCUCAGCUGAUCAAGCCAAGGGUCACUGAGGAAGGGGAGUACAUCCCCCUUGACCAGAUUGACAUUGAUGUAGGUUUUGACAAAGGCUUAGACCGCAUCUUUUUGGUGUCCCCCAUUACCAUCCUCCAUGAGAUCGACGAGGAGAGCCCACUGUUUGGCAUCAGCCGACAGGACUUGGAAACCGAUGACUUUGAGAUCGUGGUGAUCUUGGAAGGGAUGGUGGAGGCCACAGCCAUGACCACGCAGGCCAGGAGUUCCUACCUGGCUAACGAGAUCCUCUGGGGUCAUCGGUUUGAGCCUGUCCUGUUUGAGGAGAAAAACCAAUAUAAGAUCGACUAUUCUCACUUUCACAAAACUUACGAGGUCCCAUCCACCCCCCGUUGUAGUGCCAAGGACUUGGUAGAAAAUAAAUUUUUGCUCCCAAGCACCAACUCCUUUUGCUAUGAGAACGAACUGGCUUUCAUGAGUCGGGAUGAAGACGAUGAGGAGGAGGAGGAUAGUCGAGGUCUGGACGACCUGAGCCCUGAAAACAGACAUGAGUUUGAUAGACUGCAGGCCACAAUAGCCCUCGAUCAGAGAUCUUACAGAAGGGAGUCGGAAAUCUGACCCCUGCUGGUCCAGUCUCUUCAUCUUCUCUUUUCCCCUACAAUCCACCCAGGUUUAUGCAGAACAUUGUUAAGUGCCAUAGGGAUGGUUGAAGAUUUUAGUAGUGUCUUAGUAGUUUCACAUGUUUCAUCGCAAUAACCUUGGAAGGGUUGGCAGGGAGAGGGAUAGGAAGUCAUAAGCAGAGCCCUGAGGGUUUAGACUUCCAGCCCUAGCUGUCUGGAGCGUCUUUCCCCAAGAUUCAGUGAGUGGGCUCAGAAGGGGAAAGGUAAUGCCGCCCCCAGGGGCUGGACAGGGGCCUCAUUCAGCACCCAGGGCUUUUCCCUUGGAUACCUGGUAAGACAGCAAAUAGCUCCUUGAAGUCCAAGGUCACAAAGAAUCUCAGUGUUGUAUAGCCUGGAACCUAAUCAGGUUAGAACAGACUGAGAAUUAACCUUAUGCCUGGCCAGGAGACACAGUUGAGCUUGCCUGGGGAUGGCAGCUGGGUAGGUGCGAUGCUGCACGCUGGUUUUUAACUUAGGGGGGAGACAUCAGGUUUUUAAUUUUUCAACUUAGCGCUGGUGAGACUGUUUACAAAAAAUAUAUAUUAAAUUAAAAUAUAAUUCCAAAAAAGGACAUUUUUUAAUUAAAAAAAAUGCCCAUAACAGAGCAGAACAGCAGAACAGAACUUCCCUCCCCCCAGUGGAAUGGAACAGCCAAAAGGAGGCCCCCAGCAUCUGGCUGAAGGCAAUCAGGGAUACACUGGAAGACUUCCUGGGGCAAGAACUGUCUCUUUUUCCUUGAGAAGGCUCCAUCCAUCCCAGGGAAGUGGACGCCAGUUCCCACCUGUGGGGUCAGCAGCAGCAAGCACAAUUAUCUACACCAUAGCUCAUGUUGCUCAUAAGGAAAUGUAGAUUCCAUUUGUAAUAGAAAAGCAAAACCAUAUUAAUAACAAUAAUAAAAGCUAAAAAGUAUGGUUGGGGGGGGAGGGUUGGGUCAGGGGAAGGGAUUGGUCUAAGAUCUCUUUGCACCUUAGAGAUACAUUUCAGUGUGAAUCAUACCCAUCCCCCUUCGUGUGGUUUUGGAGGCCACCGCUCAUUGUUUCUCUGAGCCUUUGGAAAUGGUAGGGAUUUGCAACGUUGGGUUUUAUUUUUAUAUUUGUUUUCCUUAUUUCUUAACUCAACCACCCAACUGUCUGAACCCCAAGAAAUCCAUGUUACAUUUUGAGUUGAGCAAAAAAUAGGUUAUUGCUUACUCUAUCUUGGUCUCCUGAGGCAGUGUGAUAUAAUGGGAGGAAUCUUGGAUAAGGAGUCUGUAGACCUCUGACACUUGUCAGGUACAUCACUUAAUCUCUAGAGCCACGGUUUGCUCAGUCUGUAGAAUGAGGGAGCUAGGUUGGAUUAUCUUCCCUGGUCUCAUCUAACUCUAAAAUCCUAUGAUCUUUCUUCAAUAAUUGGCAGUUGGGGGAUUUGUGAAUUGCCACCUUAGAUAAUCAUGCCAUGUGUGGAGGUGUGUCUGUCAAGAUUCCCAAAUAGCAGAAGGAAAACCAGGAGGGAAACUGAUAAAAUGGAAAAACCACACUCUGGUUCAAACCAUCUUCACUCUCCAGGCACUUUGAAGCGGGUUGUGCGCACAAAGACGCUCAAAAUUGUCCGGCUAAAGUUUCUUUUUACCUAACCAUGAUUCACCCUUUUUAAAUGUUCCAUGAUGUACCUCCUUAAAAAAAAAAUCUCAUUCUUUCCCCUCUGCCACUCUUUAUGUAUCCCGCCUUCUAGGCAGUGACUGUGGCGAAUCAGCAACCAAGCCACACACACACACACACACACACACACACACACACACACACACACACACACACAGCACUUUAGGGGAGGUUUGUGGGGAGGCCCAGUCCAGGUGUCCAGUGUGAUGUUGGCGACUUGCCAUCCCAUCCUCUCUCUACCCCAGAAUGCUGGCUAUUUUAGAAAAAAAAAAAAGAAGAGAGCAUGUAUGCUAUUCUCUGCCCUUCCCCUGGAUGUCCUGGCAGAGGCAUUUCCAAUAUCACCCAUUACUAAGUGGAAAGGAAAAGAAUUUAGGAAAGGAGGAGUUAGGUAUCCUGGUCAUCCCUAACUAACUUAGGUCGGGCAGUGUCAUCCAGGGCUGCCCAGAAGUAGCAAGUAACCUGGCUCGAUAGAAAGACAGAUAGAUUUGGAGUCAGAGGACCUGAAUUCGAAUCCUGAUUCUGCCAUUUAUUGUCUGUGUGACCUUGGGCAAGUCUUUUUGCCUCUAUGAGCCUCAGUUUUCUCAUCUGUAAAAUGAGGAAUUUGGACUAGCUGCCCUCUGAGGUACCAUCCAGCUCUCAAACCGAUUCCCCCAAAAUGUUCAGUGUUUAUCCUUAAAGCCCCCUGCUAAUUCUCUCUGUUCCCUGAUCACCCUUCUAGUGCCUACUAAUGUCCAAGUCUGAUCACUUCAAGCAGACUUAGUAUGUAACCUCCCCUGAGAGUGUUUGUAUGUAAUUUAAAAGAAGCACACAAGAAGGAGGCAAUUCUCAGCCCAAAUGAAUGUAUUUCUAGUAGAAUUUGAGGCACUGGGGCCAGUGAUAAAUUUGGGCAGGGGGUUAUUCCCAGCAUCUAUGUCAGUUGCCACUUCUUCUGUCUACGAACGAGGCCAUUUAUUAUUCUCUGAUGGACUUCCAGAAUGAGCCAGCUGGCUGGCCACGGGAACCCUGAGAUAGAGUUACAAUGUUUCAGGGCUGGUGACCAAGUGCCAUCUGGCCCAAUUCUGGCCCAGGAGGCUUCGGAAUCCAGACCCAGCAGAGCUGAGCCUCGCCAUCCAGAUUUCAGGAGUGGGAAAGGGUUUUCUUAGGUGACUGGAAGUCAGUGAGUAGACAUUCCAAACCCUCCCACCUCGGAAUGUUUGUUCUGGAGUUUGGCUUCAUUUUCAACUUCUUCUUUCCCCCUGACUUGGGAAAAAAAAAAAAACAACAACCUGGAAUGUCAGAUCUUGAAGGAGUCUGAGAGGUUAUAUAGUCCAUUCAACAGAAGAGGCUAAUCAGGACCAGAGAGUUCAAGAGGCUUGCAAGUGGUCACACAGCACAUUAGGGUCAGGACCAGGACUAGGACCUAGGAUUUCUGGCUCCUGAUCCACAAUUAAUUCAGUGCAGCUGACUUUUUUUUCCUUUUUUAUUUUUUUAACAGGAGGGGAGGGAACAAAGGAUCUGAGGGAAGGGGGAGGAGGAGGGUAGCAUUUGCUUUCCCUUGCCAAUCAUAUAGGGACAAUCCAUGUCCUUUCUCCAUCUCCUUUCUCUCCAAGGCUCAGCCCUUGUCUCUGUUUCCACCUGCUUCUUUGCAGCCAAUCUCAGACGCUUCUCCCCCUUGAGCUUCCCCAUGACUGAUAACCAUAUGACCCUGGACCCAUCUUUGGUAUUUCCAAGGCAGGAAAUAGAUGCCUGCCUGGUCUCACCCAUUCCAGCUGUCUCAAGACCCAGGACCCUGCAAAGGCAGGCACUGACUUCCCACUUCCUUUCUACAGUCUGGGAUAGCUUAAGCAAUAGUAAGGGGUGGGAGCGGACAUCUUGCGUGGGGGGAGGAGGGUGGGUGCAGAGGGACAGGCUUCUCUUAUUUAUUUUUUAACUGCUUUUAGGUUCUUUCCAAGGUGCAAAAAUGCUGCUGUAAGUGUUCUUAGAGGCUUGAUGAUUUCUUAAUCUACAAGAUGUGACUAAAGAAUAAUAAGAAUGAUUUUUUGUUAAAGUAAUAAACACACCGGAAUUUAUCCAUCCAAAUUUGA